AUGAUAGAGAAGGGAGAAAAGAUCUAUCAUCAUGAUAAUGCCAUAGAAAUCAGACAUCCACUCAUCAACGCCCCACUUGCUGCCAGUCUUGCUUAUCCUACUUUCAGCGUUAACCGCUUACAAAACGAGAUAAUGCUUCUGAUGGUUGCCCAAUUUUCUUGGACUUCGUUGUAUCAGCUGAAUAAAAUUGUAUCUGCUCAUGUAUCUGCAGUUGUAUCUGCAGUUGUAUCUGCGAUAUCAAUGUUGAGUACACACAAACACGUUGCACCCGAAAAUACAAGUCACAGAAUGAACGUAAACAUUGAAAAGUCCAACGACCAGCCUGUGACCCUUGACCUCAUUAAUGAGUUGGCGAGUCACACUGACCAACCAGUGCACUAA